AUGUCUGAUACAAGCUCUCAGCACUCUACUGAACAUGAAGAUAAUGAUAAUGAAUACCCUACAUCUGCCUACAAUGAUGGAUGCAGCAUUCACUACAAGGUCAAACUCAUACCAAAAUUUCCUCCUCUGAGGGCUGGCAAAAAGCGAUGGUCAAAUGCAGUAUGCAAGCCUGUCAACGCAACUUUCUAUGCCCACGAACUCUCAGCCUUGGGUGAAAUCCUUGGCUAUGCUAUCCAGUCUGUGAAGCACAAUGAAAGGACUCUUGAUUUCAAGGUUGUUGCUGGUGAAUUACAUGCAAAGAACUUUAUGGCUAUGUGGACAGUGCCCUGCUCAGCAGACAAGGAUAUGCCUCUCAAUUCCAUUGACGCCUUUGAAGAUAUGGUCAAGCAGGCAGAAAAGAAGGUGAAACCAGAAGUUGCCUUGGAAUUGGUUGAAGAUAAUGGUGAGGAUGAUGAUGAAGACAGUUCUGACAAUGAGGAAGAAACUAGCAGAUCAAAGAAGAAGAAGACAGGCAAAUCUAGGCCUGAACACACAGCACAUGAGCUUGAGAUUGAGGACAAAAUUGUGAACUUGCAGAUGGCACACCUGUGUCAUGAUGUUGAGUGCUGUAACUAUGGGAAGCUUUGCUGGCCAGACACAAUAAGCGGGAAGCAUAUCUUUCUCACUGCUACACACCUUGAUACUUGGGCUGCUACUAUAGUCGAAAAGGUUUCUCAAGUUGAUAUUGACCAUGUGCCAGACACCAGAAUGUUCCAGCUUGGCUGUACUGCUGUGGAUGAUACCCUUCAGCAUUGCAAGGUGAUAUCCACAAUGCAGAAAAUCAGUGGAAGCAUUCAGUAA